AUGUCCCUCCCCACAAACAAGUCGGGCAGAAGUCUUCCCAAACCAACCUGCAUCAAAGGGCCUGCAAUCAUGGCGUCCAUACCGGAAAAAGAGUCGCAGGUGAAGGCGGUCCAGCUCGAGGCGUUGGUCGUCAUGAAAGUGAUCAAACACUGCGCAAGUCGUUUCCCCACCGUCGCGACCGGCUCCCUUGUUGGCAUGGACAACAGCAGUGGCACCCUCGAAGUCACCAACACAUUUCCCUUCCCUGUCGUGGACCUGCCACCAGAGGCGCAAUUCGACAACCAACCGCAGCACUUCAACGCUGCUGCAUCUGCUCCUCGCGCAAAGGCUAACACCGCCUAUCAAGCCGAGAUGAUCCGCAUGCUGCGUGAGGUCAAUGUUGACGCGAACAAUGUGGGGUGGUACACAAGCGCAAACCUGGGAAACUUCAUCAACGUGAAUUUCAUUGAGAAUCAGUAUCACUAUCAGAAGGAAUUGAAUGAGAAGACCGUGGCGCUGGUGCACGAUGUCAGUCGCAGCUCGCAAGGGAUACUCAGCAUUCGGGCCUUCCGAUUGUCGUCGCAAUUCAUGACUGCGUACAAGGAGAACAAAUUCACCACUGACAACCUGCUCAAGUCCGGUCUCAAAUACACCGAUAUCCUCGUCGAAGUUCCCGUGUCUGUCCACAACUCUCAUCUCGUCACAACCUUCCUCCACCAAGUACCCGGCAUGCUGGCAUCGGGCGUCAUGAAACCUCCCAGCUCUGUUGAUGAGAUCGAGAAUAACCCCAUCGUCAAGAACGACACCCUAGCACCGACCUUCGAGUCACUCUCCAUCUCUAUCGACCCCUAUCUCUCUCAAACCGCCGAUAACCUUCUCGACAGCAUCGAGACCCAUCAUGUUGAAGCCAACAAUUUCUCGUACUAUUCCCGCGCUCUGGCCCGCGAGCAGGCUAAGAUCCAGCAGUGGCAGCAGAAGCGCAAAGCAGAGAAUGCAGCGAGAGCACUGUCAAAGCAACCUCCACUGCCAGAGGACGAGUGGCAGAAAUUAUUCAAACUGCCAACCGAACCCAGUCGUUUGGAGAGCAUGUUGAACAGUCGUCAAGUCGAGCAAUAUGCCAGACAGGUCGAUGGCUUUGUUGCGGGUACUACAGGGAAGAUGUUUGCUGUCAGAGGGAAUCUGUUGCCCGGCGAGGGGACCGAGAAUAGCCCCCCUCGAAAUGAAUGA